ACGAUUGGACCUUUACAAGAAAAGGGCAGCAGAGAAAAAGACGAGCAGCUGGUCAGGGACGAAAAAUGGCUCACAGAGAAAGCAAUGGCAGAAAAAUUUUCAUCACAGUGUUGUACAUGGUAGCCAUGUGCAGGGGCGUGCCCAUCACUGACCUGCUUGAUCGAGCCUCUCAGCACUCAGACAAACUACACUCUCUCAGCACGACGCUCACACAUGAGCUAGACUCUCAUUUCCCUCCUCUUGGCCGGAUGGUCUUGCCCCGGCCAUCUGUGUGCCACACAUCCUCACUGCAGACACCCAGCGACAAGGAGCAAGCACUUCAAGUACCUGAUGCGGACUUGCUUUCGCUGGCUCGUUCCCUACUCCAAGCCUGGGUGGACCCACUGGGGGUCCUGUCCAGUUCAGCUUACUCCCUGCCUCACCUGCCCCAAAGUAAAUUACUAAACAAGAUCCAAGAGCUGCAGCAACAGUCCAAGAGCCUAGGAGAUGGUCUGAACAUACUAUCUGGCAAGAUGGACCAAGCGGCUCAGACCAUCUAUUCCCUGCCCUACAGAGGAGGCAACGACAUCGGACAGGACAAGAUAUCCAAACUGAACAAAUUCCAUUUCCUCUUGUCCUGCUUUCGCCGUGAUUCCCAUAAAAUUGACAGUUUUCUCAAAGUCCUCCGGUGUCGGGCUGCAAAAUUGCAACCCCACAUGUGCUAAGCCCCAACGUGCCCAUCUGGAAAACUUAUGUCAAAGCAAAUCUUGUAUUGCAAAGCAGCUCGCGCACAGAUAGAACAUUCUAACAGUAUGCAGCAAGAAUUAGAUUGCUUAUGCUACCUAAUAUGACAAAGCACAGCAUUAUUACAUUAUUAUACAUUUAAAUCUUUUGUAUUGUUUUCUAUCCAGUACUAAUGCUACUUCAUUCAUACUAUUAACAAGGUGUUUAAACAGGGUUUAUUCACACUUAUUGCAGCGCAAGCUUUUUAAGUAGUAUCUCUUUCCUCUACUGGGCUUUGUACCUGUGCUGUGUUUCAUGUGAUAAUGUAUUAAUAAUUGUUAAUAUAUCCAGUAGGUCUGGCGUUGAUAACUGCCCAUAUUUGUAAAUGCAACAAAUAAGUUAGCAAUCAUUCUUUUCCUUCUAAUAAUAAUAUUUGCUACUAGUUUUUACUCAUUGGCCAUCAAUAGAGAAAUGCUAGACUUUACUUUAAUAAUUGAUUUUGUCUCCCAAUUUAAUGCUUUUUGCAAUAUUUGCACUGUAAUGACACUUUUUAAAUGCAUUUUUGAAUGAAAAGGUUUUCAUUAAAUUACGUUUUCUCUUACACAAGCAAAAAUAACUGUACCGGCUCUUUUCAUUCUUCUAUUUUACUGACUCGUAUACUGUUUGUUUUCAAUUUUUUACAUUCUCAUUCAAUACAAACUGAUUAAGGCUUCCCAGCAUACUUUACUACAGGGAACGCCUUGAGAUGUAGUCUAAGCUAAUGUCAGCAUACUGACACCUACGAUGAUAUAUGUGUCUGCUUAAGUUUACAUUUGUGAAAAUUGCAAAAAUGCUAGUAAAAUUAAUUAGUUAAUUUCAGCAUGCCAGCAAUAACAACAUGCUAAUGGUAGCAUGCUAACACCUAGCAUGAGCAAGUGCUAAGUGUUCAUAUACUCUAUCAACCCAUGAAAACAGCUUAAAUAGUCUCUGAUAAUGUACUGAUAAUUGUUAAUAUAUCCAGUAGGUCUGGCGUUGAUAACUGCCCAUAUUUGUAAAUGCAACAAAAAAGUUAGCAAUCAUUCUUUUCCUUGUAAUAAUAACAUUUGCCACUAGUUUUUACUCAUUGGCUAUCAAUAGAAAAAUGCUCCCAAUGUAAUGCACUGUAAUGACACUUUUU